CCGCUCGCCGGCGCCGUUCGCGGAAGGAAGUGCAUUACGCGGCAGCGUUUCCGAUUUCAAGAUGGUCGCCUGAGCUAUUUAGUGAGACUUCCUCCGCCGUUCUCCGUCCCUCUCGGGUUUUCUUAACCGGGAUGUGACGCAUUAAAGGGCCCGACGGAAAUAGAGCUGAAGGCGUUCUAAAAUGGCGAACCGGACGGUGAAGGAUGCGCACAGCAUCCACGGCACCAACCCUCAGUAUCUGGUGGAGAAGAUCAUUCGGACGCGAAUCUAUGAGUCCAAGUACUGGAAAGAGGAGUGCUUUGGCCUUACGGCUGAACUUGUAGUCGAUAAAGCCAUGGAGUUAAGGUUUGUGGGUGGAGUCUAUGGUGGCAACAUAAAGCCAACUCCCUUUCUGUGUUUGACCUUGAAGAUGCUUCAGAUUCAACCUGAGAAGGAUAUCAUUGUAGAGUUUAUCAAAAAUGAAGAUUUCAAGUAUGUCCGCAUGUUGGGAGCACUUUACAUGAGGCUGACAGGCACUGCAAUUGAUUGCUACAAGUACUUGGAGCCUCUGUACAACGACUAUCGGAAAAUCAAGAGCCAGAACCGAAAUGGAGAGUUUGAGCUGAUGCAUGUCGAUGAGUUUAUUGAUGAACUACUGCACAGUGAGAGAGUCUGUGAUAUCAUUCUGCCCCGGUUACAGAAACGCUAUGUGCUAGAGGAAGCUGAGCAGCUGGAGCCUCGAGUUAGCGCUCUAGAAGAGGACAUGGAUGACGUGGAGUCCAGUGAAGAGGAGGAAGAGGAGGAUGAGAAGUUGGAGAGAGUGCCAUCACCUGAUCAUCGCCGGAGAAGCUACCGAGACUUGGACAAGCCCCGUCGCUCUCCCACAUUACGCUACAGGAGGAGUAGGAGCCGGUCUCCCAGAAGACGGAGUCGGUCUCCCAAGAGGAGGAGCCCCUCCCCUCGCCGAGAAAGGCAUCGGAGCAAGAGUCCAAGACGUCACCGCAGCAGGUCCCGAGAUAGACGGCACAGAUCUCGCUCCAAGUCCCCAGGUCAUCACCGUAGUCACAGACACAGGAGCCACUCAAAGUCUCCUGAAAGAUCUAAGAAAAGCCACAAGAAGAGCCGGAGAGGAAAUGAGUAAUGGACUCAGUUUGGUUUUAGUCCAAAUGGCUUCCUGUGGAUGUGAAGGCCUCUGUCUACAUGAAACGAUUAAGAUCUACUACCCAGGCAGCUAUGAGAAUAUCUUAGUGUUGUUUUUUUUUUUUACCAAGUUUCUCCAUUUUUUUUAAUGAAAGAGGUGCUGAGUUUUGUAUCUCUUUUUGAAUCAUAAUCCACGUUUGAGAGAGAAUGUUUCCCAAGGGCUGCUUUUGACCUCUUUGUACAACCCACCUUGACUGUACUCAAAUUUAUGAGGGUAGAAAGGAUUUGAGGGGUGGAGGAUGUGAAUGACAAGGAGAGGAUGUGGCCACCUGGUGACCCUUUUGUUAUUAAAUUUGACACACCCAUUUCCCAUUCUUCUGUGAUUUAGUUUUUGGUUUGCUCCGAGGUUGAAACUGUUCUGAGAAUCCCGAGUUUUGUGCUGCUGCUGUUACAUUCAGACAUCAAAUCAGUAAAACAUAUUAGCUCCAGCAGCAGCAAGUGGUAAUAAAGAUGAAAACUGACUGCUUAGCAGCAGCUUUGUAAGAAAAGAAGACAUUUAAAUGUAAGGCUUCUUCUGGAUCAUUUAGUCCAGUUGCAUUGAACAGUUCAACAAAAAAAACUUGGAAUGCCUUUUACAUGGCAUUCUUAUUUAGUAUUGUUUCUUCUUCCCCACAAGCCUUAAAUUACAGGUUAAGGUGCUCAGCCUUUAUCCUACAGGCAUUGACAUUGUCCAAGUCGAGUCAGUAGUAUUAGGGCAAAAAGACUGAAAAGGUUUGAAGGAGAGAAGAGUAUCUAUACCACUUAGAGUUUUGACCUGAAUUACUGGACAGUAGUGCCAUUCACAAAGCCAGAAAAUACAGCAAGAAGAGAGGAGGUUUUAGAGGGGGGCAGGUAUUAAAAGUUGUGGUGGUAAUAAAAACGAUGCAUCAGUUUAACUUGAAGUUUAAUUUGAGACAGCUAUGGUAUAUCUAGAUAAAGCCCAGACAGUUGGAAAUAGGGACUGGAGUUGAGAAUAAUGAUCUAGCCCUGAAUUGAUAAUGAUUAGGUAAUCGCGGAAGAUGUAGAAUUAAAUGAAGACUGCCCAAGGAGUGUGUGUGUGUACGUGUUUGUGUGUAGGAAAAGCCAACAAGAGAAUCACAGGCAACACCAACACUAGGGAGAGGAAGAAGUGCAAUCACUGAAAACUGAAAUGGACCAUUCAGAAAGGUAGGAGCAUUAGCAAAGAGUAAGUUAAAGCAGCCAAGGGGCCAAGGAUGCAGAAGCAAAACAAGACUGAAAACUGUCCAUGGGUGUUGAUCAGCAAGAGGGUGAUGGGAUCUUUGCUAGAUUUCCAUCUACCUGUACUUACCUUUCCUCCUUUAAAAAGGGAAAAGUGAUUGAAUGACUUCCCACACCUCUGGUUCCAGCAAGAAUUGGGAAGACCCAACUGCCUCACAGGAUCCAGUUUCUUGGGAAGCCAUAUCUGGUCAUAGGAUAAACAUCCUAUUGCCUGCUAUUAAACUCAAGGACUUCUGGAGCAAUAUUAAGGCAUUCUGGGAUAUUUGAGAUUUCAUACUCUUCAGUGAUUCCUCUCCUGAUAAUACUUGAGCUAAUAAAAGUCCAUAAGAGCUAUUAUGGGUUACCAUACAACUAUA